AAGUCUCCUUAAUUAGAUGUGCUAGAAUUUAAUUGGGUGGAUGUGGAUGUAAAAGAAGAGGAAGCAACCACUGAAUAUGAUGCUGAAUUUAUUGAUUUUGAUUAUGAGCAAGAUGAAGAAGGGUUUGGUGUAUCAUUUGAGCAAAAUUAAGAUGAUAUCAUAUAUGACCAAAAUGUAGAAGCUUCUAACAAGGAAGAUAUACAAAAUGAGAUUGGACCAGAAGAGGAAGAGUUUGAUGAAUACAAUUUAGAAGAUCUUAGAAGCCUAGAUGGGAACUCAUCUAGUGAUGAAGAACCAAAUUCAGUGAAUAGGAGAAGGAUGAAGAAGAAUUGCCCAAAUUUAAACAAUUCAGGAGAGAAACUGAUAUUAGAACCAUAGAGUUUCAUUUGGGGAUGGUUUUUGCAAAUGCCAAGGAAUUCAAAGAAGCUGUGAAAUGGCAUUUCGUUAACCAUUGCAGGUCUUACAAGUUCAAAAUAAAUGAUUGGUAUAAGGUUAAGGAUGUUUGUAAAGCUAAGCCAUGCCCUUGGUCUGUGUAUACGUCUUCUAAUGACUUGUCUGACAGACAUUCCCCUUUACAUGUUAAAACAUUAGUUAUAAAUCACACAUGUGGGAUUGAUGAAAAUAAUACAAGUGUGACUGGUACUUGGUUGGCUGAGAGAUAUGCUGACGAUUUAUCCAUUAAUCCAAAAAUGGAUGUGAAGACAAUGAAAGCUAUGGUGAGGAAAGAUUAUAUGGCACAAAUCUCAAGGUGGAAAGCAUAUAGAGCAAGAUCAAUAGUAAAUGAGAAGCUUGAGGGUUCCUACCAAGAGCAGUAUUCCAUACUUAGGGAUUACUGUGAAAAGCUUAAGAGGUCCAAUCCUGGAAGUACAAUUAUGAUGAAAAUAGAAUUGGAAGGUGAGAAAGUUAGAUUUCAUAGGCUAUACAUAUGUUUUGCAGCUUUGAAAAUGGGAUUUAUUGAGGGUUGUAGACCUAUUGUGGGUUUAGAUGGCUGUCACAUAAAAGGUCCACAUCCAGGGCAACUUCUAGCUGCUGUGGGAAUAGAUGAGAAUAAUGGAAUGUAUCCCAUUGCAUAUGCUAUUGUUGAGAUUAAGAAUAAGAGCAUGUGGACUUGGUUCUUGGAUUUAUUUAAGAAUGAUUUUGGGAUCAACAAUGGUUUGAGUCGGGUGUUUAUCACUGACAAACAGAAAAGUUUAAUAACUUCUGUAGAGACAUUGUUUCCUAGUGCAGAAUAUAGACAUUGUGUUGGGCACUUUUAUAACAACUUCAAAUUACUACACAAGGGUUUAGAAUUGAAGCAGAGGUUGUGGGCAGCAGCAAGGGCAACAACAAUGCCUUGGUUUAAUGUUGAGAUGAGUAGUUUACAAAAGUUGGAUGAUGAAGCAUAUAAGUGGCUUAAAAAGGAAAAUGUACACUACUGGAGCAGAUCGCAUUUCUUUGAGCACCCAAAAUGUGACAUUUUGCUAAAUAACUUAUGUGAGGCAUUCAAUAGUGCCAUACUGGAUGCAAGGGAUAAACCUAUUUUGACUAUGUUGGAAACUCUGAGAAUGUAUAUGAUGUUGAGGAUGGCUAAACAAAAGGAAGCAUGUGACAGAUGGCAUGGUGAUAUUGGGCCAAGGAUCCAUAGGAUCCUUGAGAAGAAUAAGGUAGAAAGCAGUAAGUGCAUUGCUCAUUUGGCCGGACAAAAAAAUGUAUCAAGUGGUGCAUAUAAGUUGGGUUCAAUUUGCAGUUGAUCUGGCUAAGCACACUUGCACAUGUAGAGGGUUGAAUUUGACUGGAAUUCCUUAUGAACAUGCAAUAGCCUGCAUUUGUAGAAGGCAUGAAGAUCCUGUCAAGUAUAUACAUUCAUGUUAUAAGAAGGCAUCAUGGAAAAGGGCUUAUGGACCUUUUAUUCACCAUAUAGCCAAUGAAGAGUUGUGGGAACACACUAACUUUCCUCUAUUUUGCCCCCUGUGUAUCAUAAGCAACCUGGGAGACCCAAAAAAGUGAGGGCAAGAGAGAAAGAUGAGAAACCAGCAGCAUCUACUGGAUCUAAGCUAUCAAGAUCCUUCCAUGUCAAAAUAAAAUGCUCCAUUUGUGGGAAGCAAGGCCACAACAAGAGAAAGUGCGAUAAAAGUGAUGGUGCCAACAAUAUCAAUAAGGUAAAAAGACCAAGGGCAUCAAGAGGCCAACCAAGCACUAUCAGUGAACAAACAAUUCAACCAAAUUUAGCAAAUACAUCAACAUACCAACCAAGCUCUAGCUUGCCAAUGGAACCCGUUUCUUCAGUGACAACCAACACAACAAGAAAAUUUAGGCUUAAGUCUCCUACUAAGAAGACAAAGAUUUAGAGAUCAUAGAGGACUUCAUUGCUUGAUUAUAUUUCUGUUUUCUAAUUAAUUUGGAGUUUAUUAUAGGCAUGUCCUAUAUAACGAUUGCACUGGUGUUUUGGUACUUGAAUUUAGGCAUUCCUAGAACUUGUUUGUCAAUUACAGAUGCUUAGGACCUUUUUGAUAUAUUUAUAUAUACUAGGAAUGCAAUUGAUUCCUUCCCAAAACCCAUGAUGAAGUUACAAAAUUUAAAUUCUAACUUCGAUGUUAAAUUUUUUGAA